AUGCUGCUCCCGUGGAUCCAUCCCCAUCUAGCACAGAGCGUGAACCCCAACAAGGGCCGCCAACUGCAGGCAUCGCAGCGCAUUCAAAGAGGCGAAAUCCUCGUCGUCGACCCGCCGUACGCAAUUAUUCCAAUCUCCGGCGUAGACACAGCCAGUCCCCUCCUCUGCAGCAACCCCCAAUGCAACAGCCCAGUACAACAAGCCACCGGAUCCCGAUGUUCAAAUCGCUGCAACACAGACGUAAUAUGGUGCAAUGAUACCUGUCGCAACGCAGAUAAACCCCGCCAUGCCUUCGAGUGCACCUGGCUGAGCAAAUACGCCGUCUCCCUCCGCUCAAAAUGGGGCGAGUAUAACUUUGGCAUGCUCUGGUUGAUCGUCCGCACACUCUCCAGAAGAAAUGCCGAACAACAACAACACGAUAGUAACGAUAACAACAACGGUAAUCAACUACAGCAACUCCAGCUACCCCCCAACUCACCCUUAUCACACUUCAAAUCCGGCUGGCCCGCCAUCGACUCUCUCUGCGGCACGGUAGAGACCUGGUCCCACGCCCAAGUUCGAGAAUGGACCGUCCUCGUCAAGAAAUAUCUCUCCAGCUCCUCACUCCCACACACCCUAUCCAACACCGACGUUCUCGCAUUAAUAUGCAAAGAAGAAGCAAAUUCAUUCGGCCUCUACCCGCGAGAAACAGGAGUAUUCCCACCUCCCUCGCCUGCUGUUGAUCGGGGCGAGCAAUUCGGGGCUGCGGUCUAUCCGCGCGCGUCGAUUGCGAAUCACUCUUGUUGUCCGAAUAUCAUACAUAAACCAGACAAACACAGCCGCAUGGUCUUCACGGCUGGACGGGAUAUCGCGCCGGGGGAAGAAUGCUGCAUUUCUUAUUUCGAUAUGACUCAGUAUACCACGCUCAGGGACCGACGGGAACGUCUCCAGAGUCUGUUCCGGUUUAAAUGCGGGUGUUCACGGUGUUCGGCGGAGGAGGCUGAGGAGGCUGAGGGCAAGACUAAUGGUACGGUGUCUGAGGGGAAUGAGGUUCAGUGGGAUGCGUUUCCGGGUUUUGAAUGA